AUCAGUUUUCUCUCUCUUUUUUUUUUUUUGUUUCUCUCUCUUGUUUUGGAUAAAACCCAGUUGAGAAUUUGAGUUGGUUUCAUGAGAAUUGAAGUGAAAAGUCUGGGAGAAAAUCUGGGUGAUUAUGGAAAUGGAAAUCCACUUUGUGGGAUGGAAAGGGCCUUUUUGAUUGAUUUUGUUCUUGGGUAGUGGGGAGUGUUUUUGGUGAUUUUCUUGUUCUUUUUUCUUUUCUAUGAAGAAUCCAUUUUUGGGUCUUGAAAUAUCUUUCACUUUUUGUCCUUUCGCUUGCAUUUUGGUCACUUCAAAUCUUGUGAAGUCAAGAAGUUUCUGAAAGACCCAGUUCAGAUCUCUAAAAACCCAUCUGAUUUUCUUUCCAAAUCUUUGUUCAAAGACAAACCCAAUUGAGAAAAUUGCAGAAGGCGAGAAAAUUUUCUUGUGGGUUGUUUGGAUUCGGUGACAAUGCAAGACCCAUCAACGUUUCAGCCUAUGAAAACCCAUUUUCCAGAGCAAGAACACCUCAAAUGCCCUCGCUGUGAAUCCACCAACACUAAAUUCUGCUACUACAACAACUACAAUCUCUCCCAGCCCCGCCACUUCUGCAAGAACUGCCGCCGCUACUGGACCAAGGGCGGCGCUCUCCGCAACAUUCCUGUGGGUGGCGGCAGCCGCAAGAACACCAAGCGCUCCUCCAACCCCAAACGCCCUUCUUCUUCUUCCUCUACGUCGUCGGUGUCUUCUCCGCCGGUGUCGUCCACUUCAAACGCUGCUGCUCAGAAGUCCGAGCCCUCCGGAAUCUACGUUACGGCGGCGGACCAGGACCGAAGAAUGCUCGACAUCAGCGGAAGUUUCAGCUCUCUCCUGGCCUCGAACGGCCAAUUCGGAAGCUUGUUGGAGAGUCUGAAUCCGACCGGGUCGGUUCGUGGGGUGCCGUUGAGUGCAUUUUCAGAGACGCCGAAUUCGAAUUCGGACUCGGGUCGAACUCCGGCAAUGGAGUUGCAGAGCAACGGCAAUUCAGAGAGCUUUUUGGGUAUCCAAACUGGAGAUUCAAACUGUUGGAAUGGCGGCAAUGGCUGGCCUGAUCUCGCCAUUUACACACCUGGUUCAACCUUCCAGUAGAGAGAGAACUCUCUCUUUUUUUUUUUGUUCAAUGGUGGGGGAGAUGAUGAGAAUGAAGAAGAGUUUGAAACUAAGAACCCAUGGCGAAGAAGAAGAAGAAGAGUAAGAGUAGAGAGGAUCAUCAUCAUCAUCAUCUACAACUCAGAAGCCAUAUUCUAUAUAAGGUGAUAUUUCCACAAGGCCAUUAGAUCAUCCUUUUUCUUUUUCCUUUUCUUGUUUCUGUGUGGUGUUUGUUUGUUUGUGUGAAAAGAAAAUUUUCACUAAUGUUAUGAAAAUAUUUUCUUUUUGUUCUUUUGGCAUGUAGAGAGAUGACUUUGUUAUUAUAAAGACUAUCCUUACCAUUUCAAACUCA